AUGGGUAGUGGCUGCUGUGGCUACAAUAGCUACUGCUCCUGGGAUGACGUCAACAAGAGGCCAACUUGUACGUGUCCAAAAGGAUAUUUCUUGGUAGAUCCAAACGACAAAUUUGGAGGAUGCCAACCUCGGUUUUCCCUUGGUUGUGGAGCUGAUGAUGCUCGAUCACGAGAGAAUCCAGAAGAGGUAUAUCAUAUGGAGACUUUGCAAAGUGUGGUUUGGUCUCUUGGAGAUUAUGAAAGGUUGAUCAAUUAUACCAAUGAUGAAUGUAUAAAAUCUUGCUUGCAUGAUUGUAAUUGUGCAGUUGCCAUCUCUAAUGCUCGAGCGGAUUGUUGGAAGAAAAGAUUACCCGUUUCUAACGGAAGAUUCUCUAUAAGUGAGGUUGGAACAAUAGCAAUCUUGAAAAUAAGAAUUCAAGCACUGGGUAAUCUCAAUCCUUCUCCGCAAAAGGAAUAUCGGGUCCAACCUACUUUGUUAGGGUUGCUUAUUGGCUCCCUUGUUCUAAGUACUCUAUUCAUAGCAGCUUUGGUUUCGAUCAUUCUCUUAAAGCCCAAAAAGACUACUCGUGUUACAAGCCUUGUCGAAACAAAUAUGCAUUCUUUCUCAUAUGAAGUACUGAAGGAGGCAACAAAUGAGUUCAACGAAGAAGUAGGAAGAGGUUCCUUUGGCAUUGUGUACAAAGGCGUCCUCAAAUCAGUAACAAAUACUGUUGUUGCAGUGAAAAGAUUAGACAGAUUGGCUCAAGAACGAGAGAAGGAAUUUAGGAAUGAGUUGAGUGCUAUUGGAAACACAUGCCACAAAAAUCUGGUUCGGCUGAUUGGGUUCUGUGACGAGGGAGUUCAUAGACUUCUGGUGUACGAGUUCAUGAGCAAUGGUACUCUCGCAGAUAUUCUCUUUGGAAAAUUCAAACCUGAGUGGAAUUUAAGGGUUAACCUUGCUUUGGGAAUUGCAAGAGGUUUGCUUUACUUACAUGAAGAGUGCGACACUCCUGUCAUCCAUUGCGAUAUUAAACCUCAAAAUAUACUGAUAGAUGCACAUCUGAGGGCAAAAAUCUCAGAUUUUGGGCUCGCCAAGUUGUUAUCUUUUGAUCAGAGUCGAACCCAGACAAUGAUAAGAGGAACUAGAGGAUAUGUAGCACCAGAAUGGUUCAAAAAUGUUCCUGUAACUCCCAAGGUUGAUGUCUACAGCUAUGGUGUGAUGCUGCUAGAGAUGAUUUGUUGCAGAAGAAAUGUGGAAAUGGAUAUGGAUAAAGAGGAGGAAGGAGAGGCAAUACUGACAGACUGGGCUUAUGAUUGCUAUGUGGAGGGCAGAAUAGACAUUCUCGUAAAGAACGUUGAGGAGGCCAUGGCCGACAGAAGGUUGAAGAAGUGGGUGAUGAUAGCGCUGUUGUGCAUCCAAGAGAAUCCUGAAGUGAGGCCUACCAUGCAGACAGUGACGCAAAUGUUAAAAGGCUUCGUUGACAUUCCGAAUCCACAGCCGCCUUCAUUCUACACGCACGUUUGA